AUGACUACUAUCGCCCGCCGCUUUAUAUCUUAUGUCGGCAAGGUCAAACUGAGCGAUUUCAAGGAUUCGACACACAUGGCUCUUGUCGACAAAUACUGUAAGGAACAGGAGUCACGAGAUUCCCGCAUCAAGCAAGCCUCGAUCCAAGGAACAGAGCUCCACAAAUCGCACAAGGAUCCAACCGACCCGCUCAAGGUUAUCUCGGUCCAGUUUCUUGAUGAAGAAGGGAAGAGGGUAGGAACGGGACAUCUUCAUGAGGAUGGGACCUCAAAGUUUCGUUACAAGCAAAAGCCACCAUCCGAGUCCAGCUCUGCUGGAUUUGAGUAG